CUGAAAUGAGGUGGAUGUAAAUGUAUGGCCGUGAGAUCUUCAUUACUUGGAUUUUAAGAAGGCUGAGUGUUUACGUUGUAAAGAUCUGAAGAGUGACAAGAUGGGACAAGCUGGAGCUCCUACACCAAGUCGCUGGAGGCAGCUCCUUAAGAGGUCCUCAGCGGAAAACCCACCCCAAGAAUCAAUCAGUAUGACAGAAGCAGCCAAGGCCAAGAUUGAUGCAUCAGCCGAAGACUUAUACAGUCUUAGUCAGAACAUCUCCCCACAGCCGUCUAAGGUAACCUUCGCUGAGCACCACCCUUAUGACAUCAUCACAGACUUCUUGGAGGAAGAAGAGUUCAACAUCGAGCAUAGCUUUGUUCUUGACAAGGCCUUCAGGGCGACAUUUGGAUGCGAUGAUGCAGGUCCUAAUGUGUGUGUGAUCUGUGAGUUUGAUCCCCAGCGUGGGAUUGACACGAUUGACCGUGCUUGUGGUAAUUACUGUGAUGAUGUACUGCCCGGGUUUGGCCAUGCUUGUGGUCAAAACCUUAUUGCAGAGUGUGGAGUCGCUGCUGGGUUGGCCAUCAAAGCAGCAUUGGAGGCAAAUGGAAAUAAAUAUGGGAAGGUGACUGUGUUGGGAACACCAGCCCAGGAUGGGGGUGACGUUGAAACACUCUUUAUGCAGCCUAAUGCAUUCGAUGACAUCACUGUUGUUAUGAUGGCGCAUCCUUCCAGAUACAAUAUUUCACGCAAGACUUUUCUGGCAAAAACAGAACUGAAAAUCAAGUUUCAUGGCAAAGCAUCUCAUGCUGCAGCUUCCCCCUGGGAUGGUAACAAUGCUUUGGACGCAGCCGUUAUGUGCUAUCAGGCAAUCUCUAACAUGAGGCAACAGAUUAAACCAGACUGCAGAAUCCACGGUGUUUUUACAAACGGUGGAGCUGCCCCUAACAUUCUGCCCGAGGAGUCUGAACUGAUGUACUACCUGCAGGCUCCUGAUGAAGACAAACUCUCCGUCGUCAAGCGGAAAGUUUUAGCCUGUGCUGAAGGAGCUGCUCAAGCAGCAGAGUGCAAGGUGGAAACUAAAUUUGGUGUGUCAUACGCCAAUGUUGUAACCAACGACAGCUUUGUCUCUAUAUAUGAGAAACACAUCCAAGAAAGCGGUGUCGAGUUAACAGAGGAUAAUACCAGCAUUGGCUCAUCGCAUUUUGGAAACGUGUCUCAUAUUGUACCUUGCAUCCUCCCGAUGUUCUCAGUGACUGAGAGCGCUGACGCCUACACACCCGAGUUCGCUGUGGCUGCAGGUGGCCCUGAAGCUCAGGCCCCGACGUUGAUUCAAGCCAAGGCUCUAGCACUGACUGCUAUCGAGCUUCUCCAACCGGAUGGAAAAGACAAACUCAUGAAAAUCCAGCAGGAAUUCAAAGAGUCUACAUGUAUCAGCAGGCCGACUGUCCCGGAAGUUAUUUGUAUUGAUGUAGAGUAAACUGAUAGAAAAAGUAUGGUUUGUUGUAUUUUAGAUCUUAUAGUAAAACAAAGUACCCCUUAAUAAAAGCUAUGAAGGUGCACGUAUGAAGAUGUCUACAGAAAGGGUUUAAGUGACAUCUCAGUUUUAGAUGUGGCAGGAAAAUCAAACUGGUGGGGAAAACACAAGUAGUGGGACUGAAAAUCCAAUUACCAUGCAAGGUUAAGGUCCAGAGUAGGAUUUGAACCAGGACCCACCAAGAUGAAAGACGGGGUAGUAAUCUGGUUUCCUUGGCAUUAAACGACUGAGAAUUUCCUCUUCCCCUGGGCAGGAUGCCAGUCCAUCUCCCAGUGCCCAUUUGUACUCCAGGGUGGAGAGAAGCCAUUAAUAAAGUGCCUUGUUCAAGAAAACAAGUGUCAUGACUGACCAGGCCAGGAUUUGAACCCACAUUCUGUGAAUUAUAGAUUUUGAGUCUAACGACCCCUAGACCGUUCGGCCAAGACAGCAGACAGCCCAUUAAAAAAGAAGUGUGAUUGUAACAAAAUAAAAAGUCCUGAAAAUAAUUGGUGACCUCUUCUUGGUUCAGAAUGAAACUUCCUGAACCUCGAGGUUGUACACCAAAGAGGGUUUACAGGCAACUCUCAUCAUAAUAAGUGUAAACUGAGGAUAGCUUUUAUUGAAAUAGUCCUUUUAUAGCCUAGUCUUAUCUUUUUGCUUUGGUGAGGACUUUUAAGAAUUUGUUGGCACUAGUAAGUUUAGUGUAAAUAGUUGGUAGCUAGAUGGAGUCACUUUAUAUUCUAAUUUGCAUGGUUUAGGAAAGCAUGAAGUAACAUACUAUCUCCACAUAUCCAGUUCCAAGAAACGAAAUGUUUUGUGCAAUUUCUUACAAGAUGCAAGCAAUGCACUGUUUAUGUUCCAAUUGUAACUUUAAAGUUCUAGGUAUCAUACACAAUUCAUCAUUCAUGUAACAUCUGUUUAGUUAAAACAAAGUUCCAUUAUGUCUACAAGUUUCAGUUUUCAACGAACAUGCAUACUGUAGUAAAAGUUUCAUAUACAAGUACCAAGUAAUACAAUUUUGAAUAUUUGUAAAAUUUUUAGUUUCUCAGUCUCAGCUACAUGUAUAGGAUUGUAUGUUUUUUAUUUCCUGUCAGUGUUUUGCCAGUGUGAAAAGUAACAAAAGGGGGUUUGAUGUACUGAGGUAUUACAUAGGCCUUCAAGAUCCAAGUUAGUAUAUCGCUCCAUACAGUGGAACUUGCAGUAGUACAAUACAAGUUCAAUUCCCAAGUUCCACGCAACAAGUCAGUGUCAUGUAUUUAAUUUCCAGCAAAUUGUGACACCUUUCCCCAAAUCCUGGCUAAAACCAAUUGGUACUAAGCACGUUUCUCGGUCAGAAUAAAAAUUGUUCACCAAUCUAUGCAUUAUGUCCUGUUUUAUUUAUGCUGGUUUUGUGCCAAUAUUGUUGUUGUGACUUUGAGAUCAGGCCAUUUAUAUUUUCACACUCUAUUUCCCUUUCAACGUAUUUUUCUCGUUUGCGCUGGGGGUGAUAAAAUCAUGAGCGUUACCGAGUGACGAAGGAUAUGGGCAAUUCAAUGGUCAGUCACAUUACACUUUUCUGUGUCAUUUCUUGAUCUGGGUGCUAGUAGUUAUUAUUUCCACUAAGUUUAUAGACUGAUUUGUACUUGACACCCAAGGCUUUGAAUUGAUAAUAUU